GGAGGAGGGUCAGAUGAACAUGGAAUGAGUUGAAGGGUGACAUUAUUUGCAGUAUUUCAGUCUCAGAGGCAUAAAAAAACCACACAGAGAGGAUGGAUUCCAAAGUCCUUAGUGGGGACCUUGGAAGGAGCAGAGAACAGGGCACGGGGGGACACUGAAGGGGCAGUGCAGCUCUUAAGGCAACAGGCGACCUCACUGCGCAUGCUCCUUGGGUGCCUCCUUAGUGCGCAUGUUCAUUGGGCGCCUUCCCAUUGGUCCUUCGCCCACCUGGGAGCUGUGAUCCUGCAGCUUGGGUACCUGAGGUCUGGAUUCUCUCUCCCCUACUGAGACGCAGCCAGUAGGUCCACAGGCCGAUCCAGCUGGGAGCUGAAGUACUGAAAUAUGAGUUGGCGAGGAAGAAGAUAUAGACCAAGACGAUGUUUACGACUUGCUCAGCUGGUUGGUCCUAUGCUUGAGCCCAGUGUGCCAGAGCCUCAACAAGAAGAACCACCAACUGAAAGUCAGGAUCAUACACCUGGUCAGAAGAGAGGAGAAGAUCAGGGUGCAGCUGAGAUUCAAGUGCCUAACCUGGAAGCUGAUCUCCAGGAGCUGUCUCAGUCAAAGACUGGGGAUGAAUGCGGAGAUAGUCCUGAUGUCCAGGGGAAGAUUCUGCCAAAAUCAGAGCAAUUUAAAAUGCCAGAAGGAGGGGAAGGGAAACCACAGCUUUAAACGAAGACAACCAAAAGAAUGCAAACUGGAUUUAUCCGAGAUAUUUGACUUUUAAAAAUCUCAAUAAAGUUUUCCAGUUUUCUCCAAAGAA